AUGAAGGUUAAGAAUACCUCCUGCAUACGCAUAAAUAAAAAUAAUGUGGAUGAAAAAAAGAGUGAUAACAAAGGAAAGGAUAUAAUCGAAAAGGAUGAAAAAUUAAAAGAGAAAAUGUCCAAAUUAGAUUAUACAAAAGAGGAUAUUUACACAAAUGAAGAGAGAGAAGAUGAAAAAGAGAAGAACAAUAAAAUAAACGAUAAAACAAAAAAAAAAGACACAAACUUAAUAAAAAUUAACAAGAAAGAUUAUGAUUAUAAUAAAGACGAUAAUAAGAACACAGAUGUUCCAAGUGUUGAAUCUAAAAAUGAUCAAGAUAUAAACAAAGAUCAUACACUAAACGGAGGAAAUAUAAAUACACUUAAUGUACCACAUAUUGAUAAUAAAACCAUCGAAAGUAAUAUAAAAAAAAUAGAAAGUUCAGUCAACAAAUUAAAUGAAAUCGAAGAAAAUAUUAUGAAAGAUAUCAAAGAAUGUGAUACAUUUAUAGAAUUUUAUGAUAAAUCAAAAACUCUUUUAGACUCUAAAGAUUUUAAUAGUGAUGUAGGAAGAGAAGAAGAAAUUGAUCAGAUUAGAAAAAUUUUAAUGAGGUGUUCUAAUAAAUUACAAGGAGAGGGAAUAUUCCUAACAGGUCCAAGUGGACAAGGUAAAACAUAUAGUAUAUUCUAUAUAAUAAAUGAAAUAGCUAUAGAAAAAGAAAACAAAAAAACAAAAAAACAAAACAAAAAUAAUUAUAAUAAUAAUAAUAAAAAGAAUGAUAUAAAUAAGAACAUUAAAAAUAAUAACAAAAGAAAUAACAACAUUAACAAUAAAAAUGAAAUACAAACGGUUAAGGUUGCGGAUACAUUAUAUGAACACAUCGAUUCUUCCUACUUUUAUGUAUCCUGCUCAAAUUGUGAAAGACCAUACGACAUUUUCGUAGACAUAUUACAACAAAUUAUGAAAAAAGACAAAAAAGAUAUUUUAAGUAAUAUAAAAGAAAAAUAUCAUUUGAAUGGUCUUGAAGAAGUUAAAAAAUCAUUCAUUAAUUAUACGAGCAAAUUAAAUAAUUUAAAAAUUAUUAUUGUAGAUGAAUUAGAUUUUAUUGCUACUAGAAAUGUUCGAUUAGAAUUAAAAACAAAAACCCAAAAUAGAAAUCAAAAUGAAGAUGUAGUAAAAGCUUUAUUCGAAUGUGUUCAACAUUCUAAAAGUAAAAUUAUCCUAAUAGGUAUUGCCAAUAGUUUAGAUUUAAUAAAAGAUUAUAAUCAUAUGAAAAUUAAUAGAAUUAUAUAUAAACCAUAUAAUGAAAAACAAUUUAUGAAUAUUAUAAAGAAUAAGUUGGAUACACUCGAAGAAGAAUUAGUUAAUAAACUUUUUAAAGGAGUUUCUUUAAAUGUACAUGUUAGACAAAUAUCAAAUCGUAACGGUGAUAUACGAUCAUGCUUUGAUGCUAUCUUAAGAGUAUUUUCUGAAAAAAUUAUAGACCUAGAAGAAAGAAAAAAAAAUCUAAUUAAGUUAAAAGAAGAAAUUAUGAUGAAUCAAAUUUUUAAUAAACAAGAAAAAAGAAAUUUGUAUCUUUUAUUAAAUCAUGAUAAUAUAGUAAAAGAUAUAAAUAGAAGAAAAAAUCCUUCUUCAAAUGAACAAGCUAAUAAAAAUAAUGAUUUCGAAACAUGUAGAAAGAAAAGAGGAGCAAAUUAUUUAGAUGAAGAUUUACCAUAUAAUGAAAAAGAAAAUGAAAAAAAUAUCAUUGAUCAUAAAUAUCAUAAUAAUUAUAAUACUAGUCCUAGUAAUACAAGAAAAAAAAAUAAAAUAACUAAACAAAUAAAAAUAGAUGAUUCAUCAAAUAUAUUACUUGAUCAUAAUUAUCUUAAAAAUGAUACAAGUAUUGAUAAUUUUUUUAUUGAAGAAAAUAUUACUCCUUUACCAAACCUGAAAGAUUAUACAAAUGAUCAUGGAUUCUAUAAUAAAGCAAAGUAUUUAAAAUUUACAGAUUUAAAAAAUGAAUCAUCUUUUGGAUAUGAAACAUUAAGAAAAGAAGUUAUAAAAAUACAAAAUAAUAACGAAACGUUAAGUGAAAUAUUAAUUAGGAAACACUUCCACAGAAAUGACAAUAAUAAUAAUAAUAAUAAUGAAUGCAAUAGUGAUGAUAAUAGAUCCUUUUGUACUUUUGGAGAAUAUACACCCAAACAAUAUUAUGAAAGCCCAUUUAAAGUAUUAUAUAAAAAUGAUAUACAAAAUGAAAUGCAUUAUUUUGAAGAUAAAGAAGAUGUAUUAAAUAAUAUUGAUAUCGAGAAAUUAUUAACAUUUGAUUUAAUUAUUAAUAAUCAAAUACAAAAUAUACAACAGAAAUAUAAUACAUAUUCAUCCUUAAAUAAUAAUAAUAAUAAUGCUGUUAUGAUAACAGAUAUUAAAAAGAUUACGGAUAAAAUACCUUUAGAAGAACAUAAAGAUAUACUUUUAAAAAUUAAAAGCUUACCUUUAAUACAAAAAUUAUGUUUAUAUGCAUCUUGUAAUGUAGUGAAUGAUACACACUUAAAUGAUUACCAAGAUGAAGAACAAGGAGAUUUAAUAAAAAAUAAAAUACACAAUAUUGAAAUAACAUACAAUGAUAUACAAAAAGGUUUUAGAAACCUAUGUAGUAACCUAUCUGAAACCAAUUAUAUUAAAGAUAUAUUAGAAGGAAAUACUAUGGAUCAAUCUAUUGAACAUUUUGAAGAACUUGGUAUCUUAAUUAAUUCCAAAAAAAAUCAAAAAAUAAAAGAAAAAAAAAAUAUUAAAGUACCAAAAGGAUUAACUCCCAGAUUUGCUAAUCUAAAAAAUAAUAAACACUUCUCAUCACAAAAUAAAUUAAAUUCUAUAUAUUAUUUUAAUCUUCCUGUAUCUGUUAUUAAGCAAACUUUAAAAGAAAUUUCUUCUAUCCUUUCAAGUCUUGAUAGAAAUGCAAACUUUUAA